AGCCGACAAACCCCAAAAUACAAAAUCGCAGAGCAAGAGCAACACAGCUAGGGUUUUAGGUUUCUCAACGUCAGGCUCUGUUUCGCAUAAAUUUUGUAGGACGAGAAAGAGCUUCAGAUAAAUCAAAAUGUUUCCGGGAAUGUUCAUGAAGAAGCCAGACAAGGCAGAGGCUCUGAAGCAGCUGCGAAGCCAUGUGGCCAUGUUUGGGGCUUGGGUCGUUGCGAUCCGGGCCGCCCCCUACGUUCUUCACUUCCUCUGCGGUGAAAAGGAUGAGCUCAAGCUUGAAUUUUGAUACCCAUCUCAUUAUAUGAGCAAGGCUUUGGGAGCGGAGGAGUUCAUCUCAGAUGAAGAAGAGUUAUUUAGAGCUUCUAUUUAGUUUAUUUUUGACUUUCUUGGAAAAAUGUAUGACCUUGCAUUAAUAUGUUAUGAUGCUAUAGGCCUUCAUAUUAUUGGAUAAGAGAUGACUUCUGUUCAUUUUAAUGAGUUCAUUAUGGUUUGAUAGGCAAUAGCGUCCCAUCAAAUGCACUUUUGUCUUAGUAUUGGUACCAUAAGACACUCGAUUUUAAUGCAAGGGUGACUACCCUACCAUUAUAAUUUA